AGAGCAAUUGGGAACCACAAGUAUCUCAACACUUCAGACGACAAGUCCCCAUUGCAAGAAGCUCGUCACCUGUCUGCGCCCCCAACAUGCCUUCCCUCGAGCUCAUCGAUCACUCACCCCGCCAUCCGAACCCCUCCCCACCAAUACCGACCGCCUCCAAUGUCAUUCUGAUUGACAACUACGACUCCUUCACCUGGAACGUAUACCAGUACCUCGUCUUCGAAGGCGCAACCGUCACAGUAUACCGCAACGACGAAAUCUCCCUUGACGACCUUAUCGCGAAGAACCCCACACAAUUAGUGGUUAGCCCUGGACCAGGACACCCUACCAAAGAUGCCGGCAUCAGCAACGCCGCAAUCAAGCAUUUCGCCGGCAAGAUUCCCAUUUUUGGCGUGUGCAUGGGUGAACAGUGCAUCUACUUCACCUUCGGCGGCACAGUGGAUGUGACUGGUCAGAUCUUGCAUGGAAAGACUUCACCUCUCACCCACGAUGGCAAGGGCGUCUAUGCCGGUGUCACUCAGAAGGUUCCAGUCACAAGAUAUCACUCGCUCGCUGGUACACACAACACGCUACCAGAAUGUCUGGAAGUUACCUCCACGAUCCCCGCGAACCCUGACUCAGAUGUCAAGGAGGUCAUCAUGGGUGUGCGCCACAAGGAGUACGUAAUCGAGGGCGUGCAGUUCCAUCCCGAGAGUAUCUUGACAGAAGACGGACGUAUAAUGUUCAGGAACUUCCUUCAAAUGCAGGGUGGAACUUGGGCAGAGAAUGAAAGGCUGCAGAAGGAGGCACACGCGAAAGCAAUCGGUGCUGAGACAAAUGGUGCUACCAACGGUGCGAAGAAGGACAAACAGACAUCUAUCCUCGAGAAGAUCUAUGCGCACCGUAAGGCGGCUGUUGCCGAGCAGAAAAAGAUCCCGUCCCAAAGACCGAGCGAUCUACAGGCUUCGUAUGAUCUGAACCUUGCACCGCCGCAGAUCAACUUCCCAGAGCGCUUGCGCCAGUCGCCGUACCGACUCUCGCUCAUGGCUGAGAUCAAGCGCGCAUCACCAUCGAAGGGCAUAAUCUCUCUGUCCACCUGCGCACCGGCACAGGCCAGGACAUAUGCGAAGGCAGGAGCUAGCACGAUCUCUGUCUUGACGGAGCCUGAGUGGUUCAAGGGUAGCAUAGAUGAUCUCAAGGCUGUCCGUCAAGGUCUUGAGGGCAUGUCAAACCGGCCUGCAGUUCUCCGUAAGGAGUUCAUCUUUGAUGAGUACCAGAUUCUGGAGGCAAGAUUGGCGGGCGCGGACACAGUGCUCCUGAUUGUGAAGAUGUUGGACCAGGGACUCCUGGAGAGACUCUACAAGUAUUCUCAAUCACUUGGCAUGGAGCCUUUGGUUGAGGUCAACAACGUUGAGGAAAUGGAGAUCGCAGUGAAGCUUGGGUCAAAGGUUAUCGGUGUCAACAACCGCAACCUCGUCAACUUCGAGGUCGACAUGGACACCACUAGCCGCCUUAUGAGCAUGGUCACGAAGGACAUCAUUGUGUGCGCGCUAAGUGGUAUCGCUGGCCCCAAGGAUGUCGAGCCUUACGUAGAGAACGGCGUUGGCGCAGUCCUGGUCGGUGAGGCGCUCAUGCGAGCGUCGAACACGGCCGACUUCAUCGUGGAGCUUCUUGGUGGCACAAUAGUAAAGCCUACCCGGAUUUCAUCAACACCGAUGGUCAAGAUCUGUGGAACGCGCAGUGCUGAGGCUGCAAAAGCAGCCGUCGAAGCAGGAGCUGACUUGAUUGGCAUGAUACUGGCUAUCGGCACUAAGCGCACUGUUUCUGCUGAAACAGCCCUGGCUAUAUCAGAAACAGUCCACAAGACAAAGAAGCCGCAGGUGGUGAAGUCCGGGUUGUUAGCAGAUGCCAAGUUUGCCACGGACUACUUCGACCACGCCGCACAACGACUCGUAUCCGUCAACGACCGAGCGCUCCUCGUCGGUGUGUUCCGUAAUCAGUCACUAGAGUACGUCCUUGAGCAGCAGCGAUUACUCAACCUCGAUAUCGUACAACUCCACGGUCAAGAACCUGUAGAGUGGACGAAGCUCAUCCCAGUGCCAGUCAUCAAGGCCUUCAACCCGCAUGACCACGGUAUUGGAAGUCGCGGUCACCACGCCUUGCCUCUCCUUGACGCGGGCUCAGGUGGGUCUGGCAAACAGCUGGAUCUGUCAGAUGUCAAGGGAGUCCUCGCAAAGGAUGAGGGUCUGAAGGUCAUCUUUGCAGGUGGCUUGACUGCUGAUAACGUGCAAUCCAUGCUGGGUGGUCUUGACGAGUACCGAGACCGGGUCAAGGCGGUGGACGUGAGCAGCGGUGUAGAAGGGGACGAUGGGCAGCAGAGCUUGGACAAGAUUCGAGCCUUCAUCAAGGCGGCGAAGAGCUAGACGGUAGGAUAGACAUCCGAAUCACUGGCCUGCGCACAGUACCGGACUGGUGCAGAAGCAACUACACUACGUUUCCCCUUCCCCUUCCGUCGAU